GUAGUGGCAUGGAUGGAUAUCUACGACUUGCCUUCUGUACGCCAAGGCUUUAUCUGAGGCCGGGCCGCGAUCUGGAAAAAGACUUUUGACGUGCUAGGUCCGAUCCUGUGUGAAAGUCGUUCCCUGGCCGGGUGAGCAAAAGCCUCACCAACCAUCCUUUUUUCCUCUCUACAUCUCAUCACUCGUCCAUCUGUCAACCAUCAGCCCCACCCUGCCAAACAUGCAGCGUAUGAGAACAGCGCUCGAAGAAUGGGAAGAAGAAUGGGAAGAAGAAUGGGAAGAAUGGAGUACCCGAGACCGUGUCAUGGGGGCAAUCAGCCUAUUCAUGCUGGUCGAAUCCUACAAAGCCCUCGAAUUCACCUCCUCCCCAACCGCCCUCCACUCCCCCCUCCGACUCACCCUCACCGUCCUCCUCCUCCAAGCCAUGUUCAUCUUCGACAUGGUCUCUUUCAGCCGUGGAAGCCGGGUCGGUCUUGACGCUGUGAAUGUGGUGUAUUGGGUUGGGACGGUGGUGAGGGUUUAUGCGCUGAUUUGGGGACGGUUGCAGAUGGAGGAGAUGGACAAAUGAAAGCGAUGGCUACGUUGUUAGUCGUAUGUUGAGCUCUGCAAACACGUGAGCACUAGACGGCCUCGCCAUGCCUAUAAGAUCCAAACGCCAGCGA